GGUCUUUUCAAUUAUUCCUGGGAGCUUGCAAGAGUAACAAAUGACACAGACAGAGGUGUGUCUUAACGUUGAUGUGGAGGGAGAGUCUGUGAGCUGAACUGGGGCUGUGCAGAGCUGGUUUGGUGCUGAGAACAGCUGAAUUGCUACUACAGUGUACAAAUGAUCAAAAAAAUGAGCAUAGUACAAGGAGGCUUGUCGAUGUCAGAUGUACAUCUCUUCAUAUAAUCCAGUUUGGUCAUUAUCCACUCCUAAAAUUUUCAAAACAUCUUCGUCCCCCUAGUGAAGUAAGACAGAGCCGCGAAACUGCUAUCCACGUGGACUGGUGCUGAAAUUUCCCGUCUGGCUACCAGGCACAGCCACUCCAAACCAAGAGACAUGGCAACUAAUGGAACCAAAGUGGCCGAUGGACAUAUUUCGACAGAACUUAGUGAGGCCCCCAUCACCAAUGAUAAACCUAAAACCUUAGUGGUUAAAGUGCAGAAGAAGAGACCUGUAGACACAGAACGAGACACAUGGAAGGGAAGAUUUGACUUCCUCAUGUCAUGUGUGGGUUAUGCUAUUGGACUGGGGAAUGUCUGGAGAUUCCCAUACCUGUGUGGGAAGAAUGGAGGAGGGGCCUUUCUGAUUCCUUAUUUUCUAACGCUAAUUUUUGCUGGAAUGCCCCUGUUUCUUUUGGAAUGUUCACUGGGUCAAUACACAUCGAUUGGAGGCCUAGGUGUUUGGAGACUUGCUCCCAUGUUUAAAGGUGUGGGUCUUGCAGCUGCUGUUUUGUCUUUCUGGCUGAAUAUCUACUACAUUGUCAUUAUUUCAUGGGCUAUAUAUUACCUGUACAAUUCAUUCACAACCUCUCUGCCUUGGAAACACUGUGAUAAUUACUGGAAUACUGAACGCUGCUUCUCGAAUUACAGUCUUGCAAACACAACAAACAUGACCAGCGCAGUGGUGGAAUUUUGGGAACGCAACAUGCACCAAAUGACAGAUGGGUUGGAGAAACCAGGCCACAUCCGAUGGCCUUUGGCAAUUACUCUGGCCAUCGCAUGGGUCCUUGUAUAUUUCUGCAUCUGGAAAGGAGUUGGUUGGACUGGAAAGGUUGUAUACUUUUCGGCUACUUAUCCCUACAUAAUGUUGGUCAUACUCUUCUUCCGUGGGGUGACCUUGCCUGGAGCGGUUGAUGGAAUUUUAUUCUAUAUAACCCCAGAUUUCAGCAAGCUUUCUGAUUCCGAGGUCUGGUUGGAUGCUGCCACUCAAAUAUUUUUUUCAUAUGGAUUAGGUCUCGGGUCUUUGAUUGCCCUGGGGAGUUACAACCCUUUCCACAAUAAUGUUUACAGGGAUUCAAUUAUUGUUUGUGGCAUAAAUUCGGGCACAAGCAUGUUUGCAGGCUUCGUUAUUUUCUCCAUUGUUGGAUUUAUGGCUCAUGUCACUAAAAGACCAAUAGCACAAGUUGCUGCUUCAGGUCCUGGAUUAGCAUUUUUGGCAUAUCCUGAAGCAGUAACGCAGCUGCCGAUAUCACCCCUAUGGGCAAUUCUCUUCUUCUCCAUGUUACUGAUGCUUGGAAUUGAUAGUCAGUUCUGUACUGUGGAAGGGUUUAUCACAGCCCUUGUGGAUGAAUUUCCCAAAGUGUUACGUACUCGAAGAGAAAUAUUCAUCGCAAUUGUGUGUGUGGUAUCCUAUCUGAUUGGACUUUCUAAUAUAACGCAGGGAGGGAUCUAUGUCUUCAAGCUCUUUGACUACUAUUCAGCCAGUGGGAUGAGUCUUCUUUUCCUCGUAUUCUUUGAGUGUAUCUCUAUCUCCUGGUGUUACGGAGUCAACAAGUUUUAUGACAAUAUUGAGGAAAUGGUCGGCUACAGACCUUGCCUAUGGUGGAAACUCUGCUGGUCUUUUUUCACACCUAUUGUUGUUGCUGGUGUAUUUAUCUUUAGUGCUGUCCAAAUGACUCCACUUACAAUGGGAAGUUAUGUUUUCCCAUCUUGGGGACAAGGUGUUGGCUGGUUCAUGGCUCUAUCUUCGAUGCUGCUGAUUCCCGGGUACAUGGUUUAUUUGUUCCUAUCCCUGAAAGGUUCCUUAAAACAGCGUCUCCAAGCCAUGAUUCAGCCAAGUGACGAAGGUACUUACUCGGAAAAUGGACCAGAACAACUGUCGCAGAGUAACUCAGCAAGCAAAGAGGCUUAUAUAUAAAAUACUGUGUUCAAAUGAUUCUUUCAAUACAAAAAGGUUGACAUGACCACAAAUUUACACCUGGAAAAAAGAAUUUACCUACCUCCAGUGGCAAAAAGGGAUACAACUUCACCAGUAGAGCACAAGGAAAUCAACUAGGUUAUUGUAUUACUGUUUUGUGGGAUACCGUGAUCAAAUGGUUUGUGUAUUCAGGCAAUUUAGACUGUUAAUGUUUUUCAAAGAGAUUUACAUUUAUACACAGAAUACACAAUUUUUAAACAUAUAUACUUGGGAUGAAGACCUGAGAUUUUGUGCAGCAGAUUUUAAUUACUAAUAUAUUCCGAACAGGCAGCUCCAAAAACUUUGAAGAAUAACUUUCAAAGGAAAAAAAGCAAACAAAUAAACAAAUAAUGUAUCUUUUUUAACCAGUAUUUUUAAAUGUUGGAUGAAAACGAACAGAACAAAAACAUUAAAACACAUAUAGAUUUACAUUGCUACCAGAAACUGCAGUAUUUUUAUUUUACUUAAUUUCAGUAAUAUUAACAUUUGGAUUCAUUCUCAUAGAUAUAGCUUAAAUAGGUGAUGGGCUAGUUUUUUUGUUUUAUUUUAUUAUUUUUUAAUCAAGAAAUAGAAGCACAAAUAAUUUCAGGAAAUGUUUAAGUGGACCAAAUAAAUUCAGUGUAUAUUGUAACAGAAAAAAAGUUGAAUAAAAAACAAAAAAACAACAAAAACACACACACUAAUGGACACCAGCUUAGUUUAUAAAUGAAACACAAUUGCACAAAAUGAUACUAAAUAAAAUGCAUUAACAAAGUCAUGCUAUGCCUGUCUGACUGUGUACAAUAAGGGAGAGGAGACAUUCACUUUUUUUUUUUUUUUUUUUGUAUAAUAAGGGCAUUCUGAUUCACUUGCUUAUUAGCAUUCUAUUCUCUAGAUUAUAUCCCCCUUAAAGCACAUGAUUGUUAUACCCAUUUGGGUGAUGAUAAUAUUAAAAAAUGCAGGGGAUUUCUAGAUUGUUAGGGACCUCUAUGCCACAAGCCACUCCUGAUUCUACUGCACCUUUUAAAUGGACAAUAUUUCAUAUUUUUUAUCACGGUUUAGGCAAAAAGAAAAAUGUGUAGGUAUUUCAUCUGCAUUUUGACAUUUAUUGCUUUGCAGUGACAGGCAAAAUGACAGGACUUGAGGACAAUGCUGUGUUAGUAUGUUAUACUGUGACCAGAUUGCACAAAAGGCAAUCAACUACACCUCGUGCACUCCCCAACAUUAAAUAGCACAUGUUACUUAUAGCUUGUAUGUGAUACAGUGUUAACUGUGAAUGUUAGUUUUAUUUGUUAUUUUUGUCCAAAGAGUAAAAAAAAAAUACAAAAAAUAUAUGUAUAAGAUGUUGUUGCAAUAAGUAAUAUUCUCACAAUGUCAAGCACAUUAUAAUAGAAAAUAUAUACAGAUAUUUUAAUGACUUUGUAUAACAGUAUCGUUUAGUAUAUCCUGACCUGUCUUUUAUUAUAUGUAACAUAUUCCAAUAUAAUAUUUUAAACGUCUAUAGCUGCAUUUUAUGGAAAGUCAGGAAAAAUGUCUUGUAAGUUUAUUUUGUAUAUUUCAUAAUGUCUAACUUCAUUAUGUUUGUAGAUAUCAUUCUGUACCUUAGAUAAACAAUUUCUGAGUUUCUAAUAAUUGUUUCACGUAUGUAUUUACGUCCAAUGUUGUUCUAAAAAAAACAAAAAAACCUGAAAAAAAAAGUAUUGUGUGAUUGUACCCAAAUUCUACAUGGCCAUUUGGUGCGCAUUAUAUAAACCUUCUAUACAAAUAUCUUAUAUACUUUAGCAAGAUUGUGUUGUAGAAACAACUGUGUUUCAAUUGUGAAUAGAUGUAUCCUUUUUGUAGUAUUUGCCCUAAGAAAAAUCUGUUAUAUUAUGAUCAAAUAAGCUUACUUGCAAUAAGAGUUUAUCGUCAAGACAAAAAAUAAAAUCUAUCUCUAUAUAAAAUAUAUGUAACAUAUGCAUAGUCUAAAUAUAUAUAUAUAUACAGAGCCUGAUUAAAAAAAAAUAGAAAAACAUUAUUCUUCAAAAUUAGUAACUUGCGAUCUGUUCUAUGGACCAAAUGUAAUAUAUUUAUAAGAUGCAUUUUAAAUGUCUGUAAAUGGUGUCAGACUGUACCUUAAGCACGAUUGUUAUGUACGCUUAAAAAUGUAGAAAUAAAAUAAAGGAUAUAUUACACAGUA